GUUCAAGGAAUGCCCCAUACAUAUUUAGAGCAGGGGAAGCUGGUCAAUAACGGGACGGACAAUUUCAUAAUGCCUGGCUGCAGAAACAGCAGGGAUGGACCACAGCUACGUGAGGAGCUCUGUCAAAACUUCCACACAGCUCCCAACAGUCCCAGAACACAGGAACCAGCCUAUCACAAUGCUCACAGAGGUUUACCACUGUCCCAGCUGAAUAAAGAAAGUUCAGCAUGGCAGGUGGCCAGCAGUGCAGCUGUGUGCAGGGACCCAGCAGCCCUGGCAAGCUUCUGCCCGGACAUGGAGCUGGAGAGAUGCAGACAGGAAGAGAGAGGAAACCCUGAGCUUACCAGCUACAGGUCAGAAAGGCCAUACACUGGAAACAAGUCUCCUCCUGAGUACUGCAGCUUUUACAGCACCCACAUGGAUGCUACCGAGUACAAUGAUAGAAGCGAUGUUCAGUCUGAGUCGGAUCUGCUCGACUGCACUUUCAGCCCAGUGGAGAUGAGCAACACAAAGGAAGGCUGUCAGGAUGAUAUGGUCUAUGCUAAUGAGCACACUGUAUAUAAUGCUGAAGCUAGCUUAAGCUUAGAAGAUGAGAGUGACAACUUUCACAGCAUAAUGGAGGACGACAAGAGCAUCCUAGUCUGUCUGCCAAGUAAUGGUGUGAAAGCACAUAACAGUGAGAUUCAGUCAGGUCCAGUCACCACUGACGGUGAAACACUGGCAGCCAAGAUGAACACUGCAGAAAAAUACACCUCCCCUAUGUCCUGCGUGCCCGUCUGUGACAUUAUGGUUGGGACUGAGCUGGUACCGUGUGCAUCAGUUUCUACCCAAACCGAUGAUCCAGAAACAGUUGACAAGCACAUCGUCACUGAAGUCCACAUGGCAGAUCUAGACUAUCUCACUGGGGAACUUAUAAAACUCAAGAAGGUUCAAGAGGAGCUGCGAGAAAAGGAGAAAAUGAAAAGUUCUGGGUGUAGAUUGAGAAAGGGGUGUGACUGUGUCCAGCGGGCUCAGCGGGCAGAGCUGUGCCUCCUGGCCCUGCAGUACAGCAUGUGCAGGCAGCACUGCUGGAGACUCUACUAUGCCUCUGCUGAGGCAGACCAACUCACCCCAGUGUGUGGAGACGCAUAUCAGAAUCGGCCAAUGGACCAUCCUGCAAACAUGUUAAGUGUUCUGAAAAAACUGGACUCUGACUAUAAUGGGAUGAGGGAAAAGAUCCUUCAAGGGGUUCCCCUGGAGCAUCUUAAUCCUCUGUCUGUUGAUUCUUGGAAGAUCACCAUAGCAGCUAGUUACAUCCCUGCACAGAUCAUUGGUGAUGUGCGGGGAAGUGUUUCCUCUUGGAGCUCCAAGGAGCCACAGAAGGACAGAACCGAGAAGAGCAGUGGAUGUCCUGAUAAUGAAAGCACAAAGGGCUGCCAGAGAAAGGCUAAACAAGCCAAGGAGAACAGUGAUCCAAGGAGGGCAGUCACUUGUGUCCCCCAGGCAGCUGCAUGCAAAGAGCUCGACAUCAGCGAGGUGUGGUACGAUGCUGUAGAAGAUGUGGAGCCAGAACGUGCUGAGACAGGACCGGACCUAAAUGUCAGGACCUAUGAGCGAACCACUGACCAGGACAAGACCUCAGCACUCUGUGUUUCCAGUGUACCCAGUAAUGCGAUGGAGUUGAUAACUUGUAGCCCCAGCAUCAAGAACAGGAAGAUGGUCUGCAUCUCGCCCACAGCAAAAGGAACUUGUGUGCCCCAGCACUACGGCACCAUGGGCGGCUUUGACACCCUGAUGGCAGAGCUGACAAAGCAUCACCCAGAUGUUGGGAGGCAGCGGAUUGUGGAUGCUCUGGUGGAACUGAGGGCCAAGCACCAUGGCAUCCUCAGCAGCUUGCCCCUCAGGACUAUUAGGGAGAUGAUGUCAGAGCUUCUGACCAGGCAGGCAAGCAGCUCACAGUUGUGAGAAAGCAGUGCUCUGUGCUUAAAAAUAUUUGAAAGUUAUUGGUUAGAAUAAAAUCGAACCCCUCUAGUUCUUAUUUACAACUUAAUUGUUUUAAUGAGGAGGAGCAGUUGAUCUAAAAGAAGUCUGAUGUUAUCUUCAUAUGAGGAAGUCCAGAGUCUUAAAAUGUUGUUAGGAAACAACAGGUACAGUUUAACACGGUGUGUUCCCAGGUAGCACCAGAUUGUAACUGAGUGCAGGGUUUAUUUUAGUUUCAAAAGUUGAUAGAUUUCAGUGUUAAAGGUUUCGCCUAGUGCUGUCUGGCAGUUUAAUUUCUUCUAAAAUUGUGUUUAAUGUUGCAUGCAGUUGUUUGUGCAGCAGCUUUUGUUUGUUUUCUGCCAAUAAAAGUCUGACUGCAAUA